UUCAUCAUACACAAUUCUCCAUACAUCUAUCCAAAAUCUAAAUUCAAGUUUUUAGAUUCAUAUAUCAAGUGAAAAACAAACCUCCUAAGAGAGAAGAAUGAAAGAAUUAAAGAAGCAAAUUACACUUCUAAAGAGAAUAUGUUCUAUGAGCUUGAAGGUUUUAUUAAUUUUAUGGAGUUGUGAGUUUGAAUUUAUAAUAAAUAGACUUUAUGAUCAAUUUUCAGCCAUUAUUUUUCUCAAUAGAUACAAAAUGUUUGACUUUAGAUGCCCCAUAAAAUGCUUAAUUUGCCAAGUAUCCACACUAUUUGUAUUUUUGAGCAAAAUGCAUUUAUACUUCUCUUUGCAACGCAGAAUUAUUUUGUACAGUCACUGGACGAUCUUGAGGCAAAUUAGAACACGUCAUGUCACCCAGUACACAGUACCGAUACACAACAAAAAAUAAUGUGACGCAUCCUGAUUCCUUUCUGAACACCAUCCGAUAACCACACAGAAUAAUUUCUCCCACUGCACACUUUCUCUCAAUGAGAGAGCAGAAUCACUCGUGGCUCUUCUUUUUUUCAUGAAAAUCAAAAGGUUAAAGUAAAAGCCUUAACAAGGAAUUUCCCAAAGUAAAAGCCUUAACAAGGGAAUAAAAGGAAGUGCAAAGCGAGUUCUUCUUCAAAGACCCAAAAAGAUGUCUCCAAAGGAGCUGUACAAUGUUCUCAAUGCAGUAGUUCCCCUCUAUUUCUCCAUGCUCCUUGCUUAUUCCUCCAUCAAACACUUCAAGCUUUUCACCGCCGACCAAUGCUCCGGCAUCAAUCGCUUUGUCGCCAUCUUCGCCAUUCCCCUCCUCUCCUUCAACUUCAUCUCUCGCAUCAAUCCCUUUCAUAUGCAUUUCCUCUUCCUCGCAGCAGACUCCCUCUCCAAACUGUUCGUUCUCUUAUUACUCUUGUUUUGGUCUCAUCUCUUCAAAAAUGGCAGCUUGGACUGGUCUAUAACUCUCUUCUCCAUUGCCACUCUCCCAAACACGCUUGUCAUGGGAAUUCCUCUUCUGAAAUCCAUGUAUGGAGAUGAACAGGAAGACUUAAUGAUUCAAUUGGUGGUGAUGCAAUCCAUUAUUUGGUACACUGUGCUCCUCUUUCUUUUUGAGUUUCGUUCUGCAAGGAAUUCAUUGAUGGAGAAAAGGAGUAGUAACAGUGUUAAAGAAGAGAGAGGGGUCAGCGAAGAAGAAUUAGUUCAUGUUGUUGUUGCUAAUUAUUCAUUAGCUGAGAAUGAGAUUCAAAGAUCUCAGUUCGUGACUAAGGUAUCUCCAGAGUUGGAAGAAGAAGAAGAAGACAAUGAAGAAAAGUUUCCUGGAAUUGAAGAACUAAGCAAACAACAAGCAGGUGUUUGUGAGAGCUCAGUGCAGGUUUUCAGCAGAGAAGAUGAAAUCAUGAGGGAAGAACACGAGAAAUCUCAGAUUGGAAGGCUCUCAGUUCUUUUAAUUUUGAGAUUGGUCUGUCACAAGCUCAUUAGAAACCUUAAUUUCUAUGCUAGCGUGCUUGGUAUUUCCUGGGCUCUGAUUUCUUCCAGAUGGAAUGUGAAGAAGCCAUUAAUGAUGGAGAACUCAAUCACCAUUCUGUCAAAUGCUGGGCUGGGAAUGGCCAUGUUCAGUCUUGGGCUCUUCAUGGCCAUGCAACCAAGCAUUAUAGCAUGUGGGAAGAGGCUGGCUGCUUAUGGGAUGAUUAUAAGAUUCAUUGCUGGACCAGCUUUCAUGGCACUGAGUUCAGUUCUUCUUGGCAUCAGAGGCACCACUCUGAAGGUCUCAAUUGUUCAGGCUGCUCUGCCUCAAGGAAUUGUGCCUUUUGUGUUUGCAAAGGAAUAUGAUCUUCAUCCUGAGAUGCUCAGCACUGCGGUUAUAUUUGGGAUGAUAGUGUCAUUGCCAGUGACAAUACUGUAUUAUAUGGCAUUGGGCUCAUGAAUUAUUUUGGGGGCUUUGGAUUUCACUGUGUUGAGAUCACUGAAGAAUAAACAGAGAAGUCAUUAGCGCUAAUUAGAUAAUUAAUGAUUUCUCACUGAUGUGAAGGUUGUUAAUUAACAACAUUAUCAUCAUUUCAGCCCAAGCUUAUAAUUAAUGUAUAAUUUUCAUAUGUUUUUGUGCU